ACCCACUUCCCGUAAAACAGAAGCGAAACAAAAUAGAGACCGACUUCAGCCAGCAGAAGCCCGACGCACGAGCAGCUCUCUGGGUACAGGCACAGCUCUGUAAAGCCUCUCUACCACCAUGGAAGACACUCGAAGAAUUGUCCUGAUCGGCAAAAGUGGCAGUGGAAAAAGCAACCUGGCCAAUACAAUUUUUGGAGAUUCAGUUUUCAACGUGAACCACAGCAGCGACUCCAAAUCCAAUUUCUCCCAGGCCAAAACUAGAGUCAUGAACGGACUGACCUUAACGUUGAUCGACACCCCCGGUAUUUACAACAUCGACCGUACCCAGGAGGAAAUUCAGCGUGAAAUAUUUAGCUGUUAUAUCGAAUCUUCCCCCGGACCCCACGCCUUUAUUUUCGUGCUACUGGUUGAGAAGUUCACGGAGCAAGAACAAGCUAUCGUCGAUCAGAUUCAGCGGGAUUUCGGUGAUGAUGUUUUCAGAUACACCACCGUAGUUUUCACGCACGGAGACCAGCUGCCAGAAACGAUGAAAAUUAGUGAGUUUGUGAGUCAAAGCAAUGGGUUAAGAGACCUGGUCCAGAAAUGUGGUAAUCGAUGCUAUGUGAUUGACAACAAGUACUGGAAUAACACUAUGCUAAAUGAAUAUCGAAGCAACAGGUUUCAAAUUCAACAGAUUCUCCAUUCGAUAGAAAGUACGUGCCGACAAAACAGCAAUGGCUACUUUGUUAAUGAGAUGUUGCAACAAGUGGAAAUAGAUAUUCAAAAGGAGCAAGAUCGUAUACGCAAAUCUGGAGGCCGGGCUGCGGGGGAGAGCAGAGACGAAGCAAAGCAAAUCGUUCUUCAAAACUACAUGAAAAGACAGAGGAAAAAGCGUUUUCUGAAAUAUGCAAUAAUUGUUUCAGGUAUUUCUGUCAUCUCGUAUAUAUUGAUGUCUAAAGUGGUCGGUUUUUUCAUGGGUACAGUGGCGUCAGAGGGGGCCCCAGUUGGAAGUGAGGUCCUGUCCUCUUCAGUGGUGGAGGUGGUGCAGGACGCAGUGGCACCGAUAAAAAGCGCUUUAGAUUACGUCAUAGAAAUAAUAGAAGCUGUGUUUAACAGGCGCACGCGGCUUCAAUACAACAAGACGGACGCCCUGUAACAAUUUAGGCAGUUAGUAAAGGGCCCAUAUUACACUAUUUUCUGAUGGUAUAUUAUAAUGUUUCCUCAUCAAAAACAUACCUGGAGUUGUGUUUUGUUUCAUUCACACAUGUUUAACGCACAAACCCUGUAUAUUUAGGCUUGAGUUGAUCAUUUCAGCUCUGGACUUGCCUAUCUCUGCUAAACAAAAGGUAAAAAGUAACUUGAAAACUACCACUUCAUGACAUCACAAGGUGGAAGAGAGCAUUUUGGGCAUUGGGGAUGUCGACAGCAAUAGACUAAUAAAGUAAAGUAAAGUAAUAAAGUGUUACUCAAAAGUGCGUGUGUGUUUUUGAGGAGGAACAACAUUCUAACAACAAAGUAUUUGGCGUAAUGUAGGACCUUUUUAAGUGACAACAUUUCUUCUAACUCUGAUUUUCUGUAAAAUACAAACUGCUAAUCCUGAAGUUUAGACCUCUACAAACAUGUUCUGAAAUGCAUGGGAUUCUUGGAUUAGUUCAACAGUUCACAUUUCAAACUUCAUCAUGUAACUAAGGAGUGAAUGGACGACACACCACAUUGUUUUAUUAUUGUUUAAUUAUUCAGUUUUUUCAGAUACGUUGUGAAUGUGAUUAUCUGAAGUAUCAUUUGUCAUUAAACACUUUCAAUAUUUUUGUACCUGAUCACAAAAAAAAAACUUUGAAUAAAAUGAAUAAAUAAAAGAACCAGUGAACUCUUUGUGGUUUAUGAUUAAUAUCUCACUAAAAAUAUUACGGUGAAAAUCAGCGUUGCACUUUUCUAUGGUGUAUCUGUCACAAAUGGAGUUUUUUUUUUCUUUUUUUUAAACUUGGGCUGUAAUGUUCCUCAGUAUGGCAUUAAACCUAUCUUGCUUUUAUUC